CUUGCCAAAUACAGUAACUGAGUAAGUAAUACGACCUAAAACCCCAAAGUGCAAAACCCUAGAUAUCAAUUUCGUGGACAUCGCUCAGGGAAGAACCCCAACAAUGGCUGAUUUUGAAGUACAGAAGGCUACGAAGAAGAAGAAGAGAAAGCAAAGAAGUACCGAAGACGAAGAACGACCUUGCAAAGCCUCUCGUGUCGACCACUCGAAAGAACCAGAAGGAAAUAAAGUACAAAGAGAAAUAUGCGAAAAGUUUUUAGAUGAUCCUCCAUGGAGGAACCUACAGUUAAUUUUAUCACUUCAGAACAAAGAUAUUGAUAUCCGAGUAAAGGUCGAACUAGCAUUUGAUUUUGUGAAAUCGAGACUUAACAAAGAAGGGGAUGACAGCAAUCAAAGUUCAGAGACGGUUAGCAUUUCAAGGGUAAUAGUAUUCCUCAACAGUUGGGUCCAGUCACUGUUGAUUUCUUCCGAAAAGAAAAUUAGGGGUGAAGGGCAUAAACCUCAGUCUGAAGUUACUGGGUCAUGUUUGGAUUAUAGAUGCUGGAAGAUUUUCAAGUUCUGCUUGGACGAGUCUUUGAAACUGCAUGUUUCAUUAAGCUUCUCAAGGGACUUCUUAAGGAUUAUUCAAUGCAUUGCAAGAGAUGUGUUAUCCCGACUGGAUGUUGCACCCCCACAUUCCAAAGAUUCAAUUUUGAGUGGCGAAGUGCUUGAAUUGUACACUAUUGUUCUUGAUAGUAUUUUGUGUGUAUUCUCAUCCCAUGGUGGGGUUUCAAAUGAGAAUUUAGAUGUGUGGGUUUUGACCGUUGAUGCUAUAAUUGAGCUUGUCCAGAAAAUUCUUAACGAUGAGCUUGAUGGUGGCAAGACAGGCGUCUUUGUCCUGCAAUUAUCAUGUUCUGUACUCGAUCCAUUUACCAAGUUUUUGAAGAUCCACCCACCUCGGAAAAAUGGAUUUCGUGAUUUCAUAGAUAAGCUUCUUGAGCCAUUAUUGAAUUUGUUGAAUGUGUUACAUCUUCAUAUUCAUGGAAGUAAUGCUGGAUGGACAAGAAAUUUAUUGGAGUUGGUGAAAGAGGUUCUAUCUCAGGGGUUGUUCCACCCUGUUCACAUUGAUGGAUUUCUAAGCUUACAGAGUACAGGAAAGUACAUCAAAUCUGAUGAUGGAAUGCCAAAAGACUUGAAAACAGUUAUGAAAAGUUAUCACAGACACCUUUUUGAUAAGCUGGAAAAUAUUAUGGCUGGGAAGAAUAUAUUGGCUUUAGGGGGCAUAGGGGAGCUGUUCUGCUUGUUUGUUGAUUGUGUUAAAAAGCAAAAGGGAGCUUCAGAAAAGAGAAAUUGCUUAAGUACUAUGAAUGCAGAAACACGAAAGUCAAUAUUUGAUUUCUUUGUAAAUAUUACAGAGCUUUUGUUGCUAGAAGUUAAUAAUUAUCUCCAAGCUGAACUGGAAGUGGGACCUGCAUUAAUGAAUGUUCAUUGCAAACUCAGAUCUAUCAAUAAAAUACUUACCAGCUUUAUGCACGAAAAGGUAUACAUACGUACAGAGGAUACCUCAGAAUGUUCUCAUCUUAAUUUCCUGAAGGUGGUCUACAAUAUGGUUUUGUCAUUUUCUUUUAAAAUAAAUCAGCUCUGGCCAACAACAUAUGUUUUAGGUAAGAGAGAACAUAUGGAGGUGUUAAAUUCAAUAGCCAAGGAGCUUGUUGUCAUGGUACGGAGUUUAUUGGAAAUUGAAUAUGAGGUCAUCGGCAAUGAUCUGGAAAGAUUAUGGCUUAUGAUGUUCUCAUACACCGCCCUAGGCCUCUCUUUGAUGGGAAAACCUCAUCAGUGCCCAUUGACUUCAGAGAUACUUCACCUUGGAUGCCAGCUGGUUAAUCUUUUUAGUGAACUUCGCCAGGUGAAUAAUAUCAUUUUUGCACUUUGCAAAGCGGUGAGGCGUUUGGUAUUACCUGACAGUGAUGGUGAGAUAAAUUAUGCAACAUUUAUGUCUUGCACACCUUCGUUAUAUUAUGAAUCAUAUGCCAAAUCAGCGAGAAUACUGUUAUGCUCACAAGAGUUCAGGCUUGCCAUUUACACUGCUAUUACAUCCAUCCCGGAAGGGCAAGCAAGUGGGUGCAUUCGGCAGUUAAAAGCAGAUAUUUUUGAAUCUCUGGAAUGGAUGAAAGUUGAUUGUUCCUUGGCAACUGCAAACAAACUUGGAAAACCAAGUAGUUGUAGCAAACUGUGCUUUGAUCUGCAAGCAGAGCUUCUGGGAAGAGGUUUAUCUGAUAUAUACACCCUAAUUCUGGAUUCAUUGACAAUCACCACGGGUAACAGUAAUCUCAUUGGUGUUCUUGUGGAAGAUUUGAUAGCAGAAAUACGUCCUAGUAUGAGUAGUCUGGUUGCACUACGGCUAGAUAAUGUUAAUGAAAUCAUUUCAAUAGUUACAGGAAGAGCUUUUGAUAUGGUGGCUGGAUCCAAAACUGAUUUGCUUUGCACUCACUGGGUUGUUCUGUUCUUCUUUCGUUUGUAUAUGUCCUGCAGAAUCCUAUACCGGCAAGCAAUCAGUCUUGUGCCUCCAGAUACAUCAAAAAAGAUGUCAGAAGUAAUGGGUGACUUAUUUGCUGCUUACUCUGGAGGGGAUUGGCUGGAGAGAACUGAUUGGAAGGAUAAUGACUAUUUUUCAUGGAUUGUCCAACCUUCAGCUUCUCUUCUUACCAUUGCACAAACUGUUUCGGACAUUUAUUUUCAAGACACUUUUGCAGAUUGCUCCCCCCUGAUUUAUGUAUUGAAUGCCAUGGCUCUCCAGAGGCUUGUUGAUUUGAAUAGGCUGAUAAAGUCUUAUGAGUAUUUGGUGCAGAGAAACGGUCGGAAAAAAGUGAUGGAUGAUACUGAGAUGUCACUGUAUCAUGAAAAAAACAAAAAGUUGAAAAUGUCUGUAUCAGAUUUCAAGCAAGAGGCUUCAGGUCUGACCAAUUUCAUGUUGGAAUACCUCCCACUAAUGGAUAAAGACCAAUUGUUUAUCUCCACAUUUGAUGAUGCAACUUAUAAGGAUAUAUAUGCACUAGCUUUACGUGAAAACGAAACGUGGGAUUUUGGCAUUGGUGCUGUGAAUGAAAAGUCGCUCCCUUGUGCAAUUUGGUGGAUUGUUUGUCAAAAUAUAGAUAUUUGGUGCACUCAUGCUUCUAAGAAAAAGUUGAAGAUGUUCCUUUCACUGUUAAUCCAGAAUUCCUUUCCCUUUGAAAGAAGCAGUUUGGAUGAAUUUGGAAAGCACAACACUAAUAAACCUGGUGGUCCGAAGGAAGUCACUGCACAUCAAAUCUCAUUGCAACUUCUCAAUGACACUGUUUUCUAUGAACAAAAAUUUAUUUGCAGGCAUAUGGCAUCAAGAUUUUGCCGGAUUCUGGAGAAGUCAUUAUUACCAAUAUUUAGUAAUUUCAGAGAGGUUGAUUUGAGUUCAUCACCUAAUUGGUCAGAGUUUUUAAGUGUGCUUGACAACUCACCAAAUGUUGUUUCAGGCAACAAACAUGUUAUGAAUGACUGUUCUUCUGUAGCAGAACCAAUUUCUCAUUCACUUAAUAAGUCGCCUAAGGAGUGUUACAAGGAACAAAACUCCAUUCCUUCAAUUAGCAUGAAGUUUGCAGCUUGUCAAAGUUUGCUCAAUCUUUUGUGUUGGAUGCCAAAAGGAUAUCUAAAUACUAGAUCAUUCUCUCUCUAUGCAACUUCUAUUCUCAACCUCGAAAGGUUUGUAGUUGGCAGCUUGGUAGAUUGUCAUGGUGCAUUAUACUCGCAUGAUCAUUAUGAGCUCUUCAGAUUGUUUGUGUCCUGUCGGAGGGCCCUCAAAAGUCUAAUACUGGGAUCCUGUGAAGAGAAGAUGGAAACUGGUCAUUCCUCACUUACUCGAAUGCUUUCGGAGAGUUCAUUUCCUGUUUUAUGGCUUUUGAAGUCAUUGUCUGCUGUGAUUAAGCUUGAACAUGCAUUUUCGGAAGACGAAGCUACCCAAGUGAAAGAUAUGAUUUUUUCAUUGAUGGAUCAUACUUCUUAUGUGUUUUUUACAUUAAGCAAAGACCGCUUUACACAUGCAGUUUACUUCCUUGUAAAUGCCAGGGAACCUUGUGGAGAACAACCGAGUUCUGCUGUUGUUGUCCAUGAACAGAGUGAUUCAAUUAAAUCUGAUCGAUACUUGGAUUCCCCUAAAUGUAUCGAUGCAUGGAAAGCUAUGGUCCUUACAGCUGAGACUUUGAAGGAACAGGCUUUAAAAGAGAAGAAUGCUGGUGUUCUGGAUUUGAAGAAAAUAUCUUCUAUUAUUUCUUGCUUUCAAGGUUUUUUGUGGGGCCUAGCAUCUGCCUUGGACCACAUAGAUGCAAAAGCUUGUAACAUUAAAACAAAAUUAUCAAGAUGGAAAUUUGAACCUAUCCAUAAAAUCAACCUUUGCAUGGAUGUAUUUGCAGAUUUCAUAGAUUUUUACUUGCAUGUAUUGUAUGUUGAGGAGGAUCAGUUGCCCCAAAGUUUAUGUGAUCCUCAAACUCUUCCCAUGUUAGAGUUUGAAAAUCAUGAUUUAUUGGGGUUGCGUUCAUGCAAAGGCUCUGGUGAUGCUACUGAUAUCUUGUAUGGAAAAGAGCAACAGAAUUUUGGAACUGCAAGUAACUGCCCUGCAUCAGUUGACAAAAAGGAUGAUUCUGAUAAAAGAGUCCGGAAGAAAAGGUCCCAUUCAAAAAAAUCAGAUUUAGACAGUGUUCUAAGUAAGGCUGAUUUAUUUGAACAACAAUGUUUAAAGGAGUCUUUGCUGCAGGGGUUUUUGAGAGGUGAAAAUCCUGAAGCAGCAUUUUUACUCAGACGGCUAUUUGGUGCUGCUUCAGCUAUUCUGAGGCUAAAUUUGCAGAUCAACUGCACUUCUUUGUCGUCAGGUUUGGUACCUAUAUUAAUUGGGAUUUCCAAAGUUUUGUUACUGGAGCUGGCAAAUAAGGUCGAGGUGCCACAACCAUUUACUUUUGUUUGCUUAGAUGGUGUUGUAACAUUUCUUGAAGUGUUAGGGAGUCAUUUUCCUUUGACCAAUCCUAUUUCUUCUGGAAGUGUGUAUGCCAAGCUGAUCGACUUACACUUUAGGGCUAUAGGGAAGUGCAUUUCUUUACAGGGAAAAGAAGCUACUCUAGCAUCUCAUGAGACAGAGUCCAGUACCAAGACACUGAAUGGUCAGAUUGGAUUAUCUGAAUCAACUCUUUCUCAUGGACCAUACUGCUUAAAUGAAUUUAAAGCUAGGUUGAGAAUGUCUUUCAAAAAUUUUGUCAAGAAACCAUCAGAGUUGCAUUUAUUAUCUGCUAUUCAGGCUUUAGAGAGAGCACUAGUUGGAGUGCGUAAAGGCUGCACGAUAGUCUAUGAAAUACACACUGGAAGUUCAGACGGGGGAACAGUUUCCUCGACUGUUGCAGCUGCCAUUGACUGCUUCGAUUUGGUACUUGAAUUUGUUGCAGGAAGCAAGCGUUCGAGUGUGGUUAGAGAACAUAUCCAGAACUUAGUUGCUUGUCUGUUCAACAUAAUUGUGCAUUUGCAGGGUCCAGCAAUUUUCCAUGGGAAUGUAGUCCCUAAUAAGUGUGAUUCCAAUCCCGACCCAGGAUCAGUCGUUCUUAUGUGUGUUGAGGUACUGACAAGGGUUUUUGGAAAACACUUUCUGUUCCAAAUGGAGUCCUGCCAUAUUGGGCAGUCCGUGAGUAUACCUGCUGUGCUUUUCCACAAUCUCCUCCAGCUUAGAAAUUCCAAAAUUCCCGCUCUAUCUAAUUCUCUGAGGUUCUUGGAUACUCAAGUAGCUAAGUCUGAAGAAAGCAUGAACUUUGUUGUAGAUCGGCAAUUUUCAAUAGACUUAUAUGCUGCAUCCUGCCGAUUGUUGUGUACCGUACUUAAGCAUCACAAAAGUGAAUGUGAGCGGUGCAUUCCUCUACUUGAAGGUUCAGUUUCUGUUCUUCUUGAUUGUCUGGAGAUGGUUGAUAUUGAUCCAGUUGUCAGAAAAGGUUACUUUGCAUGGGAGCUACAAGAGGGAGUGAAAUGUGCUUGUUUUCUCCGAAGAAUUUAUGAAGAGAUGAGACAGCAGAAGGAUGUCUUUGGCCAGCACUGUUUUCAGUUCUUAUCCAAUUACAUAUGGAUUUAUUCUGGAUAUGGUCCCCUUAGAACAGGAAUCAGAAGGGAAAUAGAUGAAGCGUUGAGAUCAGGUGUCUAUGCUUUAAUAGAUGCUUGUUCAGCAGAUGAUCUUCAACAUCUUCAUACGGUAUUUGGAGAGGGUCCCUGCAGAAGCACCCUGGCAACUUUGCAACAUGAUUACAAACUGUUUUUCCAAUACGAAGGAAAAGUCUAACAAAGAUAUAUUCUCUGCAUACUGAGCCGACAGUGCUGCUGGGGUCUUCUUCUCCAUAUCCCUAGGAUUGAGGGUCGUAAGGCAGUGCGACUUGACUCCUUAAGAGUACAAAGAAGCGAUGUGCAUGGAACUGGAUGAUUUAGACGAAGAAUGAACAGGCUGGGCGCUACUGGUUGAUAGUGUCCCGAUAGAAUCGGAUGUCAGUCAGGGUUAAACCAAUUGUCCGGUUCAAUUUCCGUUGUGAGAAGAAUGAAGCAAGCAUGUAUGAAGGUAGUAAAUAUGCACUUAAAUUUGAAAGCAUAUACAAUUUUGUAUUUGUAUAGAUCCAGUUAUAAAAAGUGUUUGUGUAUGUAAACAUAUUUGUAAACAUACAUGUUCAGGUAUACUAUUAGCAUCGGCAUAUUUCGUUCUGCAACUCGUGUUUGUUU